ACAGACUCUCACUUAGUCACUGGAAAAGCAGAUUCAACAAAAUGUCUGGAAACCUUCUAAAAAAUCCUGAUGGAGAUGAUUGUCUGGAACACUGGGAGAUAACAGAGAAUGGAGGCGACAAGUGGCGGUCCGAGGACAUGCCGUGGGACUGUGGACACACUUACAAUAAUUAAUCAAUUGACUUGCUGGAAGAGGGUUACGUCCCCGAAAAUUUUGAUAUUGCACAGCCAGCUGUCAGUGUGGAGGACUGGUACUGUGGUCGAACAGAUUGUGGGUGCAUUUAUACACUCACUGUGUCCCUACUUGAUGAAAGCCAAGAGGUCAUUGAUGAAUUUAACCCUCUGGGAGUUAAGCCGAAUGAAGUGAUCCUUGACCCAGACUGCGACGACUGCUCUUGUAGAAAGGUGAGCCACACAUUCACAGACUACAGCCUGGGCCUACGCUUCAUCUCUUUUGAACAUGGCGGUCAAGACACCAAGUGUUGGCAGGGCUGGUUUGGAGUGAGAGUUAGUGGUAGCUCUGUUAACAUAGACCUCCAAACACCAAUCAGAAAAAAAUUAGGGCUGUCAAACGAUUAA